UCUCAGAGCAAUCCCUUUGCAAUGAGGUUUCUUCACCGCUUCAAUCUCCCUGCGAGGAAGCACUGCAGCAGCAGAUGUUUCAUCCCUCUCAUCUCUCUCCUCCUGCUCGUCGCUGUUCUUGCAGCUUCCAACGUGCGCUUCACGUUCCCGGACCGGCGCGUUCCAUUCCCUCGGCCGUUUUCUUUCCACACGCGGCGAGGCGAGGCCUGCGAUAUAUUCAGGGGCGAGUGGGUGCCGGACCCGGACGCGCCCUACUACACCAACGACACCUGCUCCGUGAUCCACGAGCACUACGACUGCAUAAGGUACGGCAAGCCGGACCUCGGUUUCGUCAAGUGGCGGUGGCGGCCCGACGGCUGCGACCUGCCCCGCCUCGACCCGGCGCGCUUCCUCGCCGUGAUGAGGGGCAAGUCCAUGGCCUUUGUCGGAGACUCGCUAGCCAGGAACCACAUAGAGUCUCUCAUCUGCCUCUUGACCAGGGUCGCGGAGCCUACGCCGAGCUGGCCAAGCAACAAGCACACGGUGUUCUAUUAUGGCGAGUACAAUUUCACCGUGGCCAACUUCUGGGCGCCGUACCUGGUCCGGCAUGAGCAGAUCGACGACGACGGGCCGGCGCACACGGGCCUCUGGAACCUCUACCUCGACGAGCCGGACGCCGUGUGGUUGGCGCACGUCGCGGAGUUCGACUACGUCGUCGUGUCGGCGUCCAGCUGGUUCUACCGGCCGUCCAUGCUGUACGAGGACGGCCGGCUCGUGGGCUGCCACUACUGCCUCCUCCCCAACGUCACCGACCUCACGCUGCGGUACGCGCUGCGCAUGGCCACCCGCGCCGCGCUCCGCGCCUUGGGCGGCGCCGACGGCCGGUUCCGCGGCACGGCCGUGCUGCGCACCGUGUCGCCGUCGCAGUACGAGGGCGGGGAGUGGAACAAGGACGGCAACUGCGUCCGGACGAUGCCGUAUCAGCGCGGCGAGAAGAGGAUCGAGGGCUUCGAGCUCGAUUUCCACACGCUACAGCUGGAGGAGUUCGCGGCGGCGGAGAGGGCGGCGAGGGACGCCGGCGGCUUGGUGAGGAUGAUGCUGAUGGACACGACGGAGGCGAUGAUACUGCGGGCGGACGCGCACCCGAGCAAGUACAGGGGCUGGACGCCGGAGAAGCACUUCACCUUGUACAACGACUGCGUGCACUGGUGCCUGCCCGGCGCCGUCGAUACCUGGAACGACAUGCUGCUCCAUAUGUUAACGUCUAAAUCGAACGAUGGAUAAGAGUUUCGAUCGUGCGUGAAUGCAACACAGUUGCAAUGAACCCAUUUUUAGCAGUCGUGUUUCUUUUUUAGAUGGAUGUCGUGUGAAACAGAGCAUCAGACAAGAAACAGAGCAUCAGUCUUCGUCUAUAUGGGCCCAACUUUACGCAAAGAAAGGCCCAAAUUUGAGAUGCCCCCAGUGGUAUCUGCCACAUAGAACCUAAGGGCCAAGCCCAAGCAUGACCCAGACCUUAUAUUGGGCCUGGUUGCCUGUUCGUCCCAUCCAGGCUUCAUUUGGCAGAGCGGGAAUCGGCCGGGUUUGCGGCCCGGUCCCGGCCACUCAGGAACCGAACCCACGCAGGGGUGUAAUAAAACUAAUAACCGCGGAGGAGCAAAAGUGCAUUUGGCCGUGACAGAGGUUGAAAAACUAUCGUUAUUUGGCACCAAAAAUUUCCUAAUUACAUGACCAACCAUUGGACAUUUUGUAUUCCUUUUGACGCCACUGAAAUUCAGAUCCAUAUUUCAAUUCACUACUUUCGUCACCUUCAUAUGAUAAUAUUUUUAAGUAGCACACGGAAGAUAUUUCUGCGCGGCUUUUUUCUCUCUCUUUCUUCCUCCCAGUGCACCAGAGCACCAACGUCUAUAACCACCAA